GGGGCUCGCAAUGUGCAGUUGAGCGGUGCGUGGGGCAGAGCGGCGCACCGGGCUCUCAGGCUCACUCGCUCCCUCUCAGCUCUCGCUCUCGCUUUCUCCUCCAGCCUGCGGUCAACCCGCGACACGGGGACCACUGGAGAGUUCUUUCGGGGCCGUUAGUCCCCGCUCUCCCGCAGGCAGGAGAUCGAGCAGAGCUUCAAAGUUGGAGCCGCAGAUCUUCCUGCCGCCCCACGCCCCUUCACCCCAACCCUUCGAAAUUCACCAACCUUUGCCUGCCCUGCCUAAGGAUUUCCAACAGAGUGAGGCGCAGCGGCUAGCCAAACCGCCCUGGCUUUCGUACCAUAAUCCUCUCGUCUAGGUACCCUGGCUCACUGAAGACUCUGCAGAUACACCCCUAUUAAGGGAGGGGAGUGGGGGAGGGGGAGAGGGAAAAGGAGAACGAGAGAGGGAGGAAAGGAGAAAGAGAAUGAGAAGGAGACAAUGCCAGAAGGUCCGUGCCUCUGCCGAGAGUCCCAAUUAGCUGCGACGGUUUGAGCCUGGCCAAGGUGAAGGAAAGUUGCUUUCCGCGCCUGGGAAGUGGGUUUGCCUGUGCAGCCGAGAGAGGGACUCGGCUGCGAAGCGCUCCCCUCCCCUGCGUAGAAGACCACUAGGUCUCCCCUUUUCCCAACCCCCUCCCUCCCUUCCCCUCCCACUCUCCCUUUUCCCACUCCCCACUGACUCGGAGGCCUGGAUGCUCGGCCACCGGGCAGUGGUCCAGCGCGCAGCCGGGAGGGGGCGGGGGCAGGGGGCACUGUGACAGGAAGCGGCGCGCACAAGUUGGCCAUUUCGAGGGCAAAAUAAGUUCUUCCUCGGAUUUGGAAAGGACAAAGCCAGCGAGCGAGCUACCUCUUUUGUGUCGGAUGAGGAGGACCAACCAUGAGCCAGAGCCCGGGUGCAAGCUCAGUCGCCGCCGCUGCCACCGCGGUCAGCUCCAGUCCCCGCCAGGAGUUGUCGGUGAGAGGAAUUUGGUAACAGGCUCUGUUAGUCUGUUCCUCCCUUAUUUGAAGGACAGGCCAAAGAUCCAGUUUGGAAAUGAGAGAGGAGGACUAGCGGGCAACAUUGGCUUCACCCAUUGAUAUCUCCCGGAGGUACAGAAGCAGGAUUCAUGAAGAUGUUGACAAGACUCCAAGUUCUCACGUUAGCUUUGUUUUCAAAGGGAUUUCUACUCUCUUUAGGGGACCAUAACUUUCUGAGGAGGGAAAUUAAAAUAGAAGGUGACCUUGUUUUAGGGGGUCUGUUUCCUAUUAAUGAAAAAGGCACUGGAACUGAGGAAUGUGGGCGAAUCAAUGAGGACCGAGGGAUCCAACGCCUGGAAGCCAUGUUGUUUGCUAUUGAUGAAAUCAACAAAGACAAUUACUUGCUACCAGGAGUGAAGUUGGGUGUGCACAUUUUGGAUACAUGCUCAAGGGAUACCUAUGCAUUAGAGCAAUCACUGGAAUUUGUCAGGGCAUCUUUGACUAAAGUGGAUGAAGCUGAGUAUAUGUGUCCUGAUGGAUCCUAUGCCAUCCAAGAAAAUAUCCCACUGCUCAUUGCAGGGGUCAUCGGCGGCUCAUACAGCAGUGUUUCCAUACAGGUGGCAAACCUGCUAAGGCUCUUCCAGAUCCCUCAGAUAAGCUACGCGUCCACCAGCGCCAAACUCAGCGACAAGUCGCGCUAUGAUUACUUUGCCAGGACCGUGCCCCCGGACUUCUACCAGGCCAAAGCCAUGGCCGAGAUCCUGCGUUUCUUCAACUGGACCUACGUGUCCACCGUGGCCUCGGAGGGCGACUACGGGGAGACGGGCAUCGAGGCCUUCGAGCAGGAAGCCCGCCAGCGCAACAUCUGCAUCGCCACGGCGGAGAAGGUGGGUCGCUCCAACAUCCGCAAGUCCUACGACAGCGUGAUCCGCGAGCUGCUGCAGAAGCCCAACGCGCGCGUCGUGGUCCUCUUCAUGCGCAGCGACGACUCGCGCGAGCUCAUCGCCGCCGCCAGCCGCGCCAACGCCUCCUUCACCUGGGUGGCCAGCGACGGCUGGGGCGCGCAGGAGAGCAUCGUCAAGGGCAGCGAGCACGUGGCCUACGGCGCCAUCACGCUGGAGCUCGCCUCGCACCCCGUCCGCCAGUUCGACCGCUACUUCCAGAGCCUCAACCCCUACAACAACCACCGCAACCCCUGGUUCCGGGACUUCUGGGAGCAGAAGUUCCAGUGCAGCCUCCAGAACAAGCGGAACCACCGGCGCGCGUGCGACAAGCACCUGGCCAUCGACAGCAGCAACUACGAGCAAGAGUCCAAGAUCAUGUUUGUGGUGAACGCGGUGUAUGCCAUGGCCCACGCCCUGCACAAAAUGCAGCGUACCCUGUGUCCCAACACCACCAAGCUUUGCGAUGCUAUGAAGAUCCUGGACGGGAAGAAGUUGUACAAGGACUAUUUGCUGAAAAUCAACUUCACAGCUCCAUUCAACCCAAAUAAAGGUGCCGAUAGCAUUGUCAAGUUUGACACUUUCGGAGAUGGAAUGGGACGAUACAACGUGUUCAAUUUCCAGUACGUGGGUGGCAAGUAUUCCUACUUGAAGGUUGGUCACUGGGCAGAAACCUUAUCACUAGAUGUUGACUCUAUCCACUGGUCCCGGAACUCGGUCCCCACUUCCCAGUGCAGUGACCCCUGUGCCCCCAAUGAAAUGAAGAACAUGCAACCAGGGGAUGUCUGCUGCUGGAUCUGUAUCCCCUGUGAGCCCUACGAAUACCUGGCUGACGAGUUUACCUGUAUGGAUUGCGGCCUCGGGCAGUGGCCCACUGCAGACCUGUCUGCCUGCUUUAAUCUCCCCGAGGACUACAUCAGGUGGGAAGAUGCCUGGGCCAUUGGUCCAGUGACCAUCGCCUGCCUGGGCUUUAUGUGUACGUGCAUAGUUGUGACUGUUUUCAUCAAGCACAACAACACACCCUUGGUCAAAGCAUCAGGCCGGGAGCUCUGCUACAUCUUGUUGUUUGGGGUUGGUCUGUCAUAUUGCAUGACAUUCUUCUUCAUUGCCAAGCCAUCACCAGUCAUCUGUGCUUUGCGUCGACUAGGGCUGGGGACCUCCUUUGCUGUCUGUUACUCAGCCCUGCUGACCAAGACAAACUGCAUCGCCCGCAUCUUUGAUGGGGUAAAGAAUGGAGCUCAGAGGCCAAAAUUCAUCAGCCCGAGUUCUCAGGUUUUCAUCUGCCUGGGUCUGAUACUGGUGCAAAUUGUGGUGGUGUCUGUGUGGCUGAUCCUGGAAGCUCCAGGCACCAGGCGCUACACCCUUCCAGAGAAGCGGGAGACAGUCAUCUUAAAAUGCAAUGUCAGAGAUUCCAGCAUGUUGAUCUCACUCACCUACGAUGUGGUCCUGGUGAUCUUAUGCACUGUGUAUGCCUUCAAAACUCGGAAGUGCCCAGAAAAUUUCAACGAAGCCAAGUUCAUUGGUUUUACCAUGUAUACCACGUGCAUCAUCUGGCUUGCCUUCCUCCCUAUAUUUUAUGUGACAUCAAGUGAUUACAGAGUGCAGACAACAACCAUGUGCAUCUCUGUUAGCCUGAGUGGCUUCGUGGUCCUGGGCUGUUUGUUUGCACCCAAGGUGCACAUCAUCCUGUUCCAACCCCAAAAGAAUGUGGUCACACACAGACUGCACCUCAACAGGUUCAGUGUCAGCGGAACGGGGACCACAUAUUCUCAGUUUCCUUAAAAGUAUUCAAGCACAGUUAAACCAGCUAAUAUUCCAUGGAACACACCUUGAAAAACGCCAGAAUGUAUCUUCCUCGUACUUCGAUGACACAGGGCUUUUCAGCUGCAAACCAGCUGAAGGGUAGUGGAGGAACAGCCCAGGCCACCACUGCGUCUCUGACUGGCCUGUGAACAUCUGAAACACUAUCCUUAGAGAGCCUCUCAUUAAAUUCUCAGGCACAGUGUACCUAAAGGGGACAACCUUUUAAGCCAUUUUCAGCUUAUCUGUGGUUUGAAGCAGGAGAAAUUCACUGACAGAAGGAUGAGGGGGGCGGAGGAAGGAAGCCACAAGAGAGGGAAGGAAGACUGGAGUGACAGAGACAAAUGACUGCCUCACCAUUUUUGCCUCGAGUCGAUCAGAAAGAAUGCUUCAAAAUAGCUCAGCAUCACAGAGUGAGCAAUCACAUUAGUGCCCCAGUUUCUGCAGCAAAGUAUAAAAUUUAACAGGGCUGCCCUUCCCCCAGCAAACAGAGGAAAGGCUGCCGGCUGAUAGCACACGUUCACGGAUGCACUGGAUAUGCCACUCCUCGGUGGAGACAGGGAUGUUCUUGUCUUUUCAGCUCAAUUUCCAGGUGUCACGAUGGUUGAGUGCCAGUGCAUGGUAAGACUUGAGAAAUCAUUUUCCUUGGACCCCAGAGAAACCUGCUUAUUUCUUGAGCGGGCACAUCUUUUUUCUAGAGCCCAACUGUAGCAGCUAGCUAGACCAGACAAGAAAGAACUGCCAAUAGCAAAUAAAAACAACAAUGAUAAGAACA